AUGACGGAAGAUUUAGGAUUAAAACAACGAGAAGCAGAGGCGAUGAAACGUGCCGCAUUCUUUGGUAUUAUCGUUUCAACAAUGGCUAUGUUGACAGCGAUCAUUGCUGUACCACUUCUAUACAAUUACAUGCAACAUAUACAGUCAUCCCUUGAGGUUGAAGUUAAUUAUUGCAAACAUUUAACAAAGAGCUUAUGGCAACAAUUUGAUAAGGUACAAAUAUUAACCGGUGCUGAGAAUGUUGACAUUAACAAUCGCUUGAAAAGAUACGUAAAUCGAUGGCAUACCGAUCGGAUAAAACGUAAAAAACAUCAAGCACAUACAGUUCCAACAUAUUCGGCAGAAGAUGAAAAAGCUGCAUAUAGUGAUGAGGAUGAGGAAGAAGAGGAGGAUGAAGAGGAAGAUGUGGAGAGAGAGGAAGUAGAAGGAGAAGAUAGCAAAUUAGAAUUGACAGAAGAGGAUGUGACACAAAGUGAAAUAAUGCAAAGUGGGAAGAACAACAAUGGUAGAAAUAAUAGCGUGAAAUUUGCCAAAAUAUUUCAAACUUUUGUUGAUAGCAAAUCUGUUGACAAUGGUGCAGGGAUAUCUGAAACUGUUGAAAAGACAUGCUGUAGCUGUGGUAUUGGAGCUGUUGGACCACCGGGUCUUCCAGGGCCUGAUGGUGCAAACGGUGCUGAUGGACUGCCUGGAGCACAUGGAUCAGCCGGUAUAGAUGCUGAGCCAAAUGCGAUACCAGAAGAAUAUUUUUGCUUUGAUUGUCCUCCAGGUUUACCAGGACCACCUGGAGCUCCAGGACCGAAAGGACUUCCAGGACCAGCGGGAGAGCAAGGAAGAAGUGGAGAAGGAAGCCUGCUACAAGGACUACCAGGACCACCUGGGUUUCCUGGACCACAAGGACCUCCAGGGCCUCCAGGACCACCUGGAAUCAAUGGCUUACCUGGUGUCAUCAUCGAGUAUCCUGGAUUACAAGGAUUACCAGGUCCUCCGGGACCAAUUGGACCACCUGGUAAUGUAGGACAACCUGGUAAAAUCGGUAAGCCUGGACCUACUGGUCCGGCAGGGCCACCAGGUGAUCCUGGGCCACAGGGCGUGCCGGGAGCAGUUGGAUUAGCUGGAAAGCCAGGAUUAUUGGGCAAAGAAGGAAGACAUGGUACCUGUCACCAUUGUCCACCACCUCGUACUUCUCCCGGCUACUGA